AUGGUUAAACGAAAGUGUCUUAUUUCUUGUUCAAACCAUCCUAGCGAAGCGAAGACCUACAAAAAAGAAGAAAAUGUUAAUUCCCAUUCUGAAGAAAAGAAAAAGCGACAAAAACAAAGAAUAAAAACUGGUACUUAUCAUUCAACUAUUUCUAUCUUCGCUCUCUUAUGCCUAUUUUACAUUCCAACUGAUCCAUUAAGCAAAGACCUACAAAAAGAAAAAGAAAAUCCAAAUCCUCAUAUACUCAACUAUUUCGUAAAGCAAAGGCCUACAAAAAAGAAAAAGAAGAAAAAAAAAAGAAAACAAACUAACAAAGAACAAAGAGCAGAAACUGAUACUUACUGUUCUACUAUUCUAGUUCUUCACUCAGAUCUAAAUCCUCAGAUGUCCAUUUCACAUUCACACUGUUUUGACGAAGUGAUUACCUACAAAGAGAAGAAAGUGUUAAUUCAUAAGUUGAAGAAAGAACAAUAA